CGCUCGCCCUGGUCACGUGACGGCGCGCGGGGCGGCCUCGCGGGCGCCAUGUUGUGCGGGCCGGACCGGGCUGGGCAUGGCGGGGGCCGGCAGCAACUGGCUGUCCGGGGUGAAUGUGGUGCUCGUGAUGGCCUAUGGCAGCCUGGUCUUUGUGCUGCUGUUCAUCUUCGUGAAACGCCAGAUCAUGCGCUUUGCUAUGAAGUCCCGCCGCGGCCCCCAUGUCCCCGUUGGACAGCACGCGCCCAAGGAUUUAAAGGAAGAAAUCGACAUUCGGCUGUCGAGGGUGCAGGACAUCAGGUACGAACCCCGGCUGUUGGCGGAGGACGACAACAGGCUGCUGCAGCUGGAGGCACCAGGCUGCUAUAACUACCUGUACAGGAUGAAAGCGCUGGAUGCGAUCCGGACAUCUGAAAUCCCGUUUCACGCAGAGGGCCGGUACCCAAAGUCUUUAAUAGGGAAGAACUUCUGUGCCUACCUGCUGGAACUGCGGAAUUCCAGUGCCUCCUUCAAAGGCAUCCGCAAAGCCUUGAUCGACACCCUGCUUGAUGGCUAUGAGAGCGCCCGCUACGGCACUGGGGUCUUUGGGAAACUGGAAUACCUGAAGUACCAGGAUGCUCUGAAUGAGCUGGCAAACCUGACUAAGGCGCGGGGUGGUGUCAGCCAGCGGCAGCACCAGUCAGCAGCAAAGGAUCUCACCCUCUCUCCAGAGGUCUCCAACCCUGCCACCAUCCAGGUCACCUACCUACCUUCCAGCCAGAAGAGCAAACGUGCCAAACAUUUCCUGGAGCUGAAGAGCUUCAAGGACAACUACAACACGCUGGAGAGCACCCUGUGAGCCGGACGGGGAGCCCUGCAGCCUGGGUGGGUUGCGCCUGCAGUUCGGUGUGGAGGAAGUGGCUGCACCCUCGUGUCUCCCUUCUCUGCGAUGUCGGGGAUUGCCACAGGCUCCUUUGCAACUGAGCACAUCCUUCGCUGGGAACACGUUUGGAAGCAGUGCGCAUGCCUGCUGAACCAGGAGGGGAGCAGCCGCUGCAGCUGCCUCGUCCGCAGGCCUUGGGACGUGCUUUGGGCUGGAGGCUUUGAGUCCAGCAGCGCCUUGGAGCCCUGGCCCUGUGAAUAAACUGAUCGGCUUUAGCUUAUUUAUACAAGACUGAUGCCAGCCAGUGCUCCCCUCCACCUCUCUUCUCUUGUGCUGGCCAGCAGGCGCUGCCGCUGUCUGUCUGUCCUGUCCGUGUGGUUCUCUGACUCUGGAGCUGCUCAUUUGUUGUUUCUGAAGGAGGAACGCUCUCCUUUUCCCUGUGGCGCCGUGGCUGCCUGCUGCUCCCAGCUUGGGGUGCCAGGACAGACUGUACAUAGCUUGAUCGGUUCCCAGCCGCCGUGGCUGAGGUGCCUCUUUGGGCUGCGGUUUCUACUCUGUUUCUCUCGCAACUGGGCAUUCGAGGGCGUCUCGGGCAGCUCCCAGCACCUGGCUUGUCCUGCUAAGGGGAUUUUCCCUCCCACUCUCACCGAUGGCAGACAAACCCGUGGGGACUGGAAGCUCACGGCCCUCAACAUCUGCAUCUGGCCGGGCACCUUGUGGGCUGGGACCCUGCCCUGUUUUUAAUUGCUGUUUAAUAAAAUGACAAUUAACCU